CUCUGACUUCAUGACCUGAAAAACUUCCAACCUCCCUCGUCUUCCCAACCACCCCCAAAACAUGAACUAAAAUAUCACCAUUUCUUUGCUUUCAAGUUUUUCCAAGAACAAGAACGCCUCUGCAAUAUUCCCCAGUAAAGAAAAAAGAAUUAUGGAGCAAUAUUCAAGUAAAUGGAUGAUAUUGAUAGCAAGCACAUGGAUUCAAGCAUUUACAGGCACAAAUUUCGACUUCUCCUCCUAUUCUUCUGAAUUGAAAUCUGUUCUAGGAAUUUCACAGGUGCAGCUGAAUUAUCUGUCAAUGGCAUCAGAUAUGGGGAAAGCAUUUGGGUGGUGUUCUGGAGUUUCUCUUAUGUAUUUCCCAUUGUGGGUUGUUCUUUUCAUAGCUGCUUUUAUGGGACUUAUUGGUUAUGGCCUUCAAUGGCUUGUUAUUCAGAGAAUCAUCAUUUUGCCUUAUUUCUUGGUAUUUCUGUUGUGUGUGCUGGCUGGCUGCAGUAUCUGCUGGUUUAAUACAGUAUGUUAUGUGUUGUGCAUCAAACAUUUCCCAGCAAAUAGACCAUUUGCAUUAUCCCUCAGCGUAAGUUUCAAUGGUGCAAGUGCAGCCUUGUUCAACCUCAUUGCUAAUGCCAUUAAUUCCAAUGAUGACACUCUAUACCUUCUUCUUAAUGCCCUAGUCCCCCUUGUCACAUCAGUUGCAGCUCUGCCAAUCCUCCGGCAACCUCACUCUCAAACUCUUCGUGCUGAUUCUGUUCACCGAGAAUAUCUCAUUUUCCUAUGUCUAACUAUACUAGCAGUUUUUACCGGCCUUUAUCUCUUAAUCCUGAACUCGGUCUCAUAUAGUGCACCAACGGCUCGUAUCCUCUUGGUCGGUGCAGUGUUCUUGCUGGUCCUUCCAGUGAUUGCGCCUGGGGCUAUCCGCACAGAAGAGUGGUCUCAACUAAUCCAUCCUAAUUAUAUGUUACUUGAAGACAAUGAUAUUGAUGAUUUUGGAAUGCACAAAGAAAUGAUGUGGAAAGAGGAUUCAAGUAUGACUCUUUGGACCGAAAAUUCUCAUGGUUCGAAAGAGAAGGAAAGUUGGACUAGCAGCUUUUUGUUGAGAGAUCGUUUGCUGCUGCUUGGAGAAGAACAUUCAGCAAAUCAGCUCAUGUGUAGGUGGGAUUUCUGGCUAUAUUACCUAGCAUAUUUCUGCGGAGGAACACUCGUACUCGUUUACAGCAACAAUCUAGGCCAAAUUUCAGAGUCACUUGGAUAUAGUUCAGAGAUCAGCUUUCUUGUUGCACUCUAUUCUGCAUGUUCCUUCUUCGGGCGCCUACUUUCAGCAGCCCCAGAUUUCUUACGCGACAAGAUGUACUAUGCAAGGACUGCAUGGCUUGCAUUUGCGCUGAUUCCAACACCAGUGGCUUUUUUUCUGCUUGUUUUAUCGGGAAGCAAAGCCGCAUUGACCGCUGCCACGGCGUUGGUUGGGUUGAGUUCUGGUUUUGUAUUUUCAGCAGCAGUGUCAAUAACCUCUGAGCUAUUUGGCCCCAACAGUGCAGGGGUCAAUCACAACAUUCUCAUCACCAACAUUCCUCUAGGAUCACUACUCUAUGGACUUCUUGCAGCUCUAGUCUAUGAAGCAAACCUAGGAAAAUCAAGCCAAGUUCUUGUAUUGGAUGGAUCAAAGGUUUGCAUGGGUAGAAACUGUUACAUUCAGACAUUUAUGUGGUGGGGAUGCAUUUCUUUGUUGGGAGUAGCAUCUAGUUUACUGCUUUUCCUAAGAACUAAAGCUGCCUAUGACAAUCAGGAAAGGAACCGAAAUUGGAUGAGAUUAAUAUAAGUGAGUGCAAUUAUACUUCUGAACUGACUUGUGACAGCUAUAUGAAGAUAGAUGCCAUUCGAAAAACCCCCAUAGCACGAAUAACAACAGUCAUGCAUAACAUUCUAAUAAAGGUUGGAAAGAGGUAUAACACUUGAGACUAAUGGUAGGGUCGAAGCAUCUAUAUCAUGAGGACCAUGAGACAAAAGGAUGUAACACCAGCAGGUUAGCAUACUCUACCAUUUGCAUGAGUUGAGAAUAGAGAGAUAGUUGAGAAUUGUAAAGGAAGAAACAGAGAGAGAAAUAAUGAGACACAGCAGAAUAUGAUUGUUGGAAGUUACAAGUUCUACUGACAAGGUAUGCUGGCUUCUCCAGAAAAGAUUAAUCCUCUAAUGAGAGUACUAAAAUACUGUCAGCCUCUUCAAAUAGAUUAUAAAAGAUACCUGAGUCCAAGAAAUUUUAUAAACCCCCCCUCCUCCACUUCCUGCCCUUGCGCAGGGGCACAGCACAAGUUGAGCACAGGAAGAAGAAAAUCAAUCACUAUGUAAAAGUAAUGAGAAUGCACUUACUAACACAAUACCGAUGAAGAAGACAGAAGACAAUUAGCACCCCAGGAACAAGUUAACUGUUGCAGCUUUUUCAAAUGCCCCAAAAACCAGUCUCUCUUGUCUAUAUUUGUAGUACUUGCUCGCAGGAAUUGCAAUAGCACAUUGUUAUAUAAGGGUGCCAAGAGUUUUUUCUAGCCUCUUAAGAAUGAUUGUAGAAACAUACUGACAAACCAUUCCAAGGCUGAUUGGAUCUGGAGGAAAAAAUAUCUAGAGCAAUUUGGAUUUCUUCAGUCUAGCACACUAUCAGCUUUUUCAACAGACAAAAGAUGAAGAGUAAGCAUUAGAAGCUGGGUUGAACAAUGGAAGAAGUGAAGCUUCAAGAUUACAAAUUCAAACAAUAUGAUUAUUGUCUGCUAUUGACAUGUUAAAUGGCAUGUACUUGUCAAAAUAUGUGGUACUAAAUGCCAUUCUUUGAAAAUGA